GAGCUGUAUGCAUGACACUCCGGAAAGGCGAGAGGACGACCAUCAGCAUCCAGGAGCACAUGGCCAUUGACGUCUGUCCUGGACCCAUCCGACCCAUCAAGCAGAUUUCAGAUUACUUCCCCCGGUUCCCCCGUGGCCUCCCCGCCACGGUCAGCCGGAGCAACAGCCUGCGUUCCUCCAGCAGCCCGGCGACGGUCAGCCCCUCGGAGACGGCGCCCCGGGAAGAAGACGAGGAUGUGGACCAGCUGUUUGGGGCGUACGGAACCGAAGUGGCUGAACAGCCGGCCAAGCGGCGAGCUGGGGAAGAGGAGGUGGCUGAGGCGGCGGAUGCCGAUGGUUACGAAUCCGACGACUGCACUGCCCUGGGGACCUUAGAUUUCAGUUUGCUAUACGAUCAAGAAAACAAUGCUCUGCACUGCACUAUCAAUAAAGCUAAGGGCCUGAAGCCCAUGGACCACAAUGGCCUGGCUGACCCCUACGUGAAACUGCACUUGCUUCCUGGUGCCAGUAAGGCGAAUAAACUGAAGACGAAAACCUUGCGGAACACGCUGAAUCCAACCUGGAACGAAACCCUCACGUACUAUGGGAUCACCGACGAGGACAUGAUCCGCAAAACGCUCAGAAUUUCAGUCUGUGACGAGGACAAAUUCCGCCACAACGAGUUCAUCGGAGAAACCAGGAUCCCCUUGAAGAAGCUCAAGCCCAACCAGACCAAAAAGUUCAACAUCUGCCUGGAGAAGCAACUGCCUAUAGAUAAAACAGAAGACAAGUCCCUGGAGGAGCGCGGCCGGAUCCUCAUCUCCCUCAAAUACAGCUCCCCAAAGCAAGCACUCCUGGUGGGCAUCAUCCGGUGCGCACACCUGGCCGCAAUGGACGCCAACGGCUACUCGGACCCCUAUGUGAAAACAUACUUGAAACCGGAUGAGGACAAAAAAUCAAAGCAUAAGACAGCAGUGAAGAAGAAAACGCUCAACCCUGAAUUCAAUGAGGAAUUUUGCUACGAGAUAAAGCAUGGUGACUUGGCCAAGAAGACCUUAGAGGUGACAGUUUGGGAUUAUGACAUCGGCAAGUCGAACGACUUUAUCGGUGGCGUGGUGCUUGGGAUCAAUGCCAAAGGGGAACGCCUGAAGCACUGGUUUGACUGCUUAAAAAACAAGGAUAAGAAAAUUGAGCGGUGGCACACGCUCACGAACGAGCUGCCAGGAGCCAUCCUCAGCGAUUGACCUUACAGACAGGCCCUGGAUACCCGGGAGAGUAGAGCACGCUUCGCAACAAAGGAAGAACCAUUGCCUUUGGAUCUACUGUUUACUUCAUACCCACGUCAGCAAGACUGCGGGGGAGGGGGCGGAGCUUGCUUGGGAACCCCAAGCUACAGCCAGUUUGCAGGGAACGAUUUGACACCUCCCCCCCUGCAAAAAAAAACCCCACCAACAUCCAAUUUCUUGUUGUUUGCAAGGUUCAGUCCUAGAGUUUUCUCCAGGAUGC